AGAAUUUUUAAUCAUUUUAAGGGAAUAAAGCACGUUACAGUCCUGCUAAAGCGGAAUGGCUGUGAAUGUAUGCGUUUAUAUUUAAGAGCACUUUUCCUUUGUUUUAAAGCCUUUAACUGAGCUUUAAAGUAGUCUGCCGGUCCCUCGGUGCUGACGGCUGUCGCAAAGCGGUUCCUGGAGCAGCAGCAGUUAGAGGGAAGGUGAAGAAGCACGUUGAGUGAAAUGUGUGCUGUGUUACGGGCAGAAUGCAAACACAGAAAGACUAACUUAAAUAUGUGUCUGCGAGAUGAGGAAUGAAGCCAAGUAGGGUCGAGCAGGACUAAUCGGUAAGAUAAGCUGGUUGAAGGGCGGUAGCAGAGACGAUGUUAGCAGUUUGCAGUCAUAACUUGCUAAGUUGUGCGAGAGGGCACGUAGCUCGGCUUAGUGUCUCUAAUGUUGUGACCAGCAGGCACCAGCAUGGCUGGGAGUGGGCACGAACAGUUGGAGUUUGGAGUCACAAAUUGCGUCCUAGAACGGAGACAAGGUCUCUUCAGAGACCAAAAACCAAGUUUUGCUCUGCUGGACCUCGGCCCAUGUGCGUGCACCUCACUUCAGCACUUCGUGUACACGAGCAGGCCAGUUUGUGUCGAGCUGUGCAGCUCGGUUCAGAAUGUAUGAAAAUGGCUGUGAGAACAAAUCACUCUGUAAAGCUUCGGAACUGGACCUUCAACGCGCAGCUGUACACCUUGACUCGGGUUUUAAGUGACAGGGUCGAUACAGGAGCUCUCUCGGGAUCUAAAGGAUAUUGUACUACACCUGGAAACCAAGUCCAGAAACCUCCUGAACAGGAAACAAGGGAAAAAGAAGCCACCCAACGUGCCUCAUCUUUUACUCCGUCAAACGAGGGCAAGUUUAAAGAGCUGUAUGAGAAUCCAUGGACAAUCCCCAACUUCCUCUGCAUGGCUAGAAUUGUGCUGUCUCCUGUCCUGGGUUACUUGAUUAUGGAACAGUACUUCCAUAUAUCUCUUGGACUGUUUGUUUUGGCAGGAGCUACUGACUUACUAGAUGGAUACAUCGCUCGAAACUGGCCAAACCAGAAGUCGGCUUUGGGCAGUGCUCUGGAUCCACUGGCCGAUAAGAUUCUUAUUAGUGUGCUGUACAUCAGUCUGACAUGUGCACAGCUCAUCCCAGUUCCUCUCACGGCACUGGUGAUAUCCAGGGAUAUAGCUCUGAUUGCUGCAGUGUUCUAUGUCCGCUACAAGACUGUUCCUCCCCCAGUAACUCUAAGCAAGUUUUUCAACCCGUGCUACACCACAGCGCAGCUUAAACCAACUCUUAUUAGCAAGGUCAACACUGCUAUCCAGUUGUUAUUGGUAGCUGCAUCACUUGCAUCCCCAAUAUUUCACUACACUGACAGUGUUCUGCUGCAGUCACUGUGGUAUGUCACUGCACUGACAACUGCAGCAUCUGGUUACAGCUACUAUCAUUAUGGUAGGAAAACUGUUGAAGUACUGAACAACACAAAAUAGUUUUGUCAUCAGUGUAACCAGAUGGCUGGAAAUCAUUUGACGAAGCAGUCUGUACAUACUGGAGAUCCUAUUUUCUUUGUAAAUGAAAUAUUUUAGUGUACAGCAACUGAAUCAAACUAUUUUGAUACCACCGUGCACAGCAACUGUCUAAUAGAAACAGCCAGUACAUGGCCUGUGUGGAAUGUUUUUUUUUAAAAUGUCUUUCAAUCACCACCACAAUUUUUUUGAUUAAAACUGAAUUUGAAUCAACCUCA